AUGAUUCCAACAUCGAAUGCUACCAAUCUGGGCCCACACUCUCCAAACAAUGACAGUCAUCGCUCCAAACGUAGAAGAGUCGAUGAUGAAAAUAGCCCUGUACGAGAAGUUGGUUUAAUGAGAACAGGCUUUGAUCAGAGCAAGCCCAGAUUUAUUGGUAGUGGAAGUGGAAUUCAUUUCAUUCGGACAGUUUAUGAGCUUCUUGCAGGGAAAUCGAACUCGACACACACAAAUUCUAAUACAGCUACUCCUGCUUCGGAAAACAUUGUGCCGGGCGAGGAUGACCAAUUGUCAGAAUCUACCAAUAACUCUCAUCUCCUUGCCUCUUCCCCUCCAUUCUUCCGGGAAAAUGAAGUUGGCGAAAGUUCCCAAUUAAGCUCUGAUCCCAUCUCCUUCCAUCAGCUCGUAGAAUUUUCGGAAAGCUAUUUUACCAAUUGGCACCCUCUCUUCCCAUUCCUACACGCUCCAGCAGUGCUAGGGAUCUUUGAGGCAAUCAGUCGACAUGGAAUUCAAGCAGUUGCACCUUCCGACGCCUUGAUUGUGCGAUCGAUUAUAUCAAUCUCACUCGCCGACAAUCGCCAAUCUACUAAGCGUCUUUCCAGAGUUCCUCGUCAUCUCAUUUUUUAUAACAACGCAGAACUGGGCUCUACCUUCCAGUUUACUAUGGCUCUUCCAGCAACUUUUGAGAAUCUCCAAGCUACCAUUUCUCUUGAGCUCUUUUUGAUUUCUAUGAUGAAAUUCAACUAUGCCAGUCGACUAGGUGGACUAGCUGUUCGUAUGGCCUAUGCUCUUGGUUGCCAUCGAUGUCCUGCCCGGUUUGACGGAUUUACUCCUACAGAAUCUCAACUGAGACGACGAGUGUUUUGGUCGCUCUACUGUAUGGAGCGGAUGGUUUCGCAGUCACUUGGCCUUCCAUUAGAUCUUCGAGAUGAUGAUAUAGACGUCUGUUAUCCAGGCGAGGAGAAACACAUGCGAAGUGGGAGCGAUACACUGAACUCGGAAGAGUCUAAUGUGCAUCAAUUGCGUCUUCUAAGAGACCUUUCAAAACAUGCUCGAAUUCGUGGCCGUGUUUUGGAGCUCCGCAACAAAUCUUUGUCCGGUCGUGAGGAAACCUUUGAACGUGCUAUGGGAAUGCAAGCUGAGCUAGCGAAAUGGGCGAAUGAAGUUAGCGAAGAAGAUGAAGAUUCUCCAGAAGCUGAGAACAGCCCGUCUCUGUCACCAGCGCAUAAAUUGAUUAUUCAAAUCCUGCAGCAUGAGUCAACCAUAGCUUUAAAUCGGCCGUUAAUCACUUCCAAUUCGAUCAACACUUACUCUCAAUCUGCACUUCAAAACUGCAUCAGCGCAUCAAGAGCAAUCAUUUCUCUCUUGAGGGAAUUUCAACGCAAUAAUGCAUCGCCAGAUGGGUCGCUGGCUCUGAAAGUCCCAAUGGUUUGGCCACUUUUUACGUGGUCUGCAUGGAUGAGCUGUUUCGUACUUGCCUAUGCCGCUUUAGAAGGGCAUUGCAAACUUGGACCGGCAAAAAAAUAUGCUAAAGAAACAUUGGUAAUUCUAGAACACCUCUCAUUACGCCAAACAGUAUGGCCAGACUCAUGCGCCGAUGCCGUUAAGCAACUUAGUCACGCGCUUGAUAGAAGCCAUCAAGCUUCAACAGUAAUCGUUAGAUCCAAUCGGCCGAACCAAGCAACUUUCAUUUCAAAUCCACAGCACGCAGCUGAGCCACAACAUAGGAACGAAGCAUCAACUCAAUCUAGUAAUCGCACAUUCACCCUUGACGAAGCUUAUUAUGAUAGUCAUUCGAUCCGUACAGACAUCAGUAGACCUCACAAUAGUAGUAGUGAGUCCCAAAGGCGUAUACCGCAAAGUUCAAUUUCAUUUCCACGCCCAUUCAGUGUGCAGCAAACCUCAAAUUGCUCACAAGCAGCUACUUCAGAAAGAAAUCCGGAAAAUGAAUGGGAUCAGCUGGAGCUCUAUCAAGGAGGAUUGUUCGAUCCACUCAUUGCGAUGGACUUUUCAAAUUUUGCUACGAGAACCACAGAUCCGACCACAUCUUUUGGAAUGCGUUGA